CCUGAGAUCGUCACCAUGGGGGAGAACGACCCUCCUGCCGCCGAAGCCCCCUUCUCCUUCCGAUCGCUUUUUGGCCUUGAUGAUUUGAAAAUAAGCUCGGUUACACCAGAUGCAGAUGAAGUCGCUGCCCAGAUCCUGUCGCUGCUGCCACUGAAGUUCUUCCCCAUCAUUGUCAUGGGGAUCAUCGCGCUGAUAUUAGCACUGGCCAUUGGUCUGGGCAUCCACUUUGAUUGCUCUGGGAAGUACAGGUGCCGCUCGUCCUUUAAGUGUAUUGAACUGACAGCUCGAUGUGAUGGAGUCUCGGACUGCAAAGAUGGAGAGGAUGAAUACCGCUGUGUCCGGGUGAGCGGUCAGCGCGCCGUGCUGCAGGUGUUCACAGCUGCUUCGUGGAGGACCAUGUGCUCUGAUGACUGGAAGGGUCACUACGCAAAAGUCGCCUGCGCCCAGCUGGGUUUUCCAAGCUACGUCAGUUCCGAUAGCCUCAGAGUGAGGUCCCUGGAGGAGCAAUUCCAGGAGGACUUUGUCUCCAUCAACCACCUUUUGCCAGAUGACAAGGUGACUGCCUUACAUCACUCCGUGUAUGUGAGGGAGGAGUGCGCCUCCGGUCACGUGGUUACCUUGAAGUGCACAGUCUGUGGUCUGAGAAGAGGCUACAGCUCACGCAUCAUCGGUGGGAAUGAGUCCCUGCUGUCACAGUGGCCCUGGCAGGUCAGUCUUCAGUUCCAGGGGUACCACCUGUGCGGAGGCUCCGUCAUUACCCCACUGUGGAUUGUCACCGCUGCACACUGUGUCUAUGACCUAUACCUCCCCAAGUCAUGGACCAUCCAGGUGGGCCUCGUGUCCUUGCUGGACAGCCCAGCCCCUUCCCACUUGGUGGAGAAAAUCAUCUACCACAGCAAGUACAAGCCAAAGAGGCUGGGCAAUGACAUUGCCCUCAUGAAGCUGGCCGGGCCACUCAUGUUCAAUGAGGUGAUCCAGCCCAUCUGCCUGCCCAACUCGGAGGAGAGCUUCCCUGAUGGGAAAGUGUGCUGGACGUCAGGAUGGGGGGCCACCGAGGAUGGAGGUGACGCCUCCCCUGUCCUGAACCACGCGGCUGUGCCUCUGAUUUCCAACAAGAUCUGCAACCACAGGGACGUGUAUGGUGGCAUCAUCUCCCCAUCCAUGCUCUGUGCAGGCUACCUGAAGGGUGGUGUGGACAGCUGCCAGGGUGACAGUGGGGGGCCCCUGGUGUGUCAAGAGAGGAGGGUGUGGAAGUUGGUGGGAGCCACGAGCUUUGGCAUCGGCUGCGCCGAGGUAAACAAGCCUGGUGUCUAUACCCGCAUCACCUCCUUCCUGGACUGGAUCCAUGAGCAGAUGGAGACAGUGUGGUGCCUGCCUCACUCUUGGCAGCCAGACUGGAAUGACAGCCAGGAGAGAAAACUGUGGCCAGAGCACCCCUAA